UCACAGUAAGGCUAACUCUGAAGUUGUCCCCAGUUAAUUCUCUGGUUUAGAAGGACUGACCUGAAACCAGCAAAAUAAAGGUCAGUAGCUUAGUGCUGUAGGAAAGGAUUGAGAGCUCUCAAAGCAGAUCAAGACUUCAGUGCAAACACAACCUGUCAACCAUUUGUCUCAGUUCUUAAGUUUCAGUCAGAUGGCAGUUGAUUUGCACAUUUUGUUGCUGUAAAAAAUGUUAUUGAUGAGUCAGUUUCUGUAUCAGAUUUCCACGUAUUCUCUUUUAUAUGGCAAAUAAUUGGGAUAUUCAAAGGACGGAAUAACCUCUCCACAUGGUUAAAGAUAAGCAUGAAAGAGCACACAAAGUGCAGGUGACUCUCCGACCUUGUUUUCCACCAAUCGUAUUUCAAAGAAUGCCUUUCUGUGCGAGUGUUGAGGUGUGGUUUCUGUAAAGACAGCUACCUGUCAAAAAGCUUAGACUCCUGUGAAAGAGGCAGGCUGGCAGGCAGACCAACAGGCAUCUACAUGUCUGUGCGGGCACUUCAUGGACAGAGGAGGUCAUGUGACCUGCUUUUUAAUGCAUGGUGCCGUAGUGAAGCCUCACAAUUGGUGUCCCAUCUGUUUCCUCUCUUUAGCACCUGGACUCUUGAAUCUGCUCUACUGAUUCUUCUGUGUGCCAAGAGGAUGAAGGAAUGAACAUGGAUUCAUUCAACUGGACAGCAAACAACCAACACACUAAUGGCCAAUCUUAUGUCACCUCCAACCACUUUGCUAGCUGGGUUACCUUUGAUGAUGAUGAGGACUCAGUUUUCCAACCUCCAGGGAGACGGUCUAAUAUAAAACUGGAUAACCUCAACAAUUCUCCUCUGCAGGAUGCCAACAGCAACCUGAUUUCCUCUUCCUUUUGUGGCCAGAUGACAGAGAGACACAUUCUGGACUUGACCCCAGAUGGCACCAAUUCCAUCUUUGACUGUAAUAACACACUGUCGAACAACAGCGUGCCUUACACCAAGAAGAACCCUUUCCUGGAUGAUGAGCUCUCAAACCUGCAACCUUCUCCUAUUAACCCUUUCAGUGCCUAUUUUGAUAAAACAGACCUGAAAACGUCCCAAGGCAUUGGCUUGUGUCAGGAGGUACCAGAUGUGUCCACCUUCAGCUCAUCGUUCUUUGAGUAUCAAGAUUCUGAUAUCAAAAGGGAAUCUAUUAUGCUUUUCUCAUCUAAGAAAGACUCUGUAGUUGGAAAAGAUAGUAUCCCAUCAGGCUUUCCUAUAGAUGGUCUGGAUCAGCUCAGGAACAUUCACAUUUCUGACCCUGACCGUGACGGUAGUCCUACUCUACCAGAUGGUUCAGUGGAGGAAGUUGACUCUGAUGAUUCCACCUAUGAACCAGACCAUAUGACUCCUCAGGAUGGCUGGCCCAUGCUCCUGCGCAUCCCUGAGAAGAAGAACAUCAUGUCCUCACGUCACUGGGGACCAAUAUUUGUCAGGUUGACGAACAGCGGCCAGCUGCAACUUUUCUAUGAGAAAGGGCUGGAAAAGCCGUUCAAAGAGUUCCAGCUAAACUCCCAGCAUGAAAUAUCUGAACCCAAGCUUCAGAACUACGAUGAGAAUGGCCGUGUUCAUACCAUCAGUGUAGACCAUGUGGUUUACAAAGAGAAGAGGAAGAUCCAGCCCAAGGUAACAGUGGUUCAUAUACCUGUGAGAGAGCAAGCGGUGAAGCUUGGGACAACAAACUACGAAGACUUCUUGAGCUUUCAACAUGCUCUGCAGGAGAGCCUUGUGGGCCUCUCGGUGGAUCAAGAAGGUCUUAACUGGCCAACAACUUACACAGAGGAGGAGAUCCACGUGGAGGUGAGGGAUAACUUCUAUGGGAUUGUCUCCAAAGGGGACAGCCGUAUCUUGGAGCAGCUAGUUUUGACCCGAGUGAACAUGCUAGCCUUCUUGAACGGAUCUCCACCUUGCAGUAUCGGCCUCAAUGAUGUCCAGGUCAAAGGUAAAGAGGUGGUUUCUCGGCAUGACAUAAUUCCCAACACAACGUCACGUUGGAUUCAACUGAGGGAUUGUCGACUGCAUGAGUGUACGGACCAGUUAGAGUUUGCAGAGUCCCGAGCCAUUACGUUUAGUCCGCCGGUUGGUCGUCGCUUUGAACUGCUGCGCUUCCGAACGGCAUUUGCUGAAAAAACCCUUCCCUUCACUCUGAGAACUGUUGCUUGCGUCAAGGGUGCAGAAGUGGAGGUACAGUCCUGGCUGGUGAUGUCAACAGGGUUUUCAUCUAAUCGGGAUCCUUUAACAUUAAUACCAUGUGAGAAUAUUGCUAUCCGUUACCCCAUACCAGAAAUUUGGGCAAAGAACUUUAAGCGGGAGAGUGUGACAGGAGAGAAAUCCCUGAAGGCUCGCUUCAAUAAAGGAGCCAGUUUUGGUUCAACCAGCACAUCAGGGUCCGAACCGGCCAUGAGGGUCACGCUUGGCACGGCGAAAUACGAACAGGCCUUCAGGUCUGUGGUGUGGAGGAUCAGUCGCCUGCCAGACAAGAACUCAGCACUGGGACAUCCUCAUACGUUCUACUGUCAUUUGGAGCUGGGCUCAGAUUGGGAAGUGCCUCCUAAGUUUGAGUGCCUGGUGGAGGUUGAGUUUGACAUGCCCUCUACUUCUGCGUCCAAAGCCACUGUUCGCUCUCUGUCGGUAGGGGACAGAAAUGACUUGAAGAAAUGGAUCACCUACAAAUCACAUUACUCCUAUCAGGUGGCAGUGGAGCAGAAGAAUGAGAGCACAUUGGACAGCCCUCAGAAGGAGCAACCAGGCCAGUGCGCUCAACAGUGAGGAGCCAUGAAGAGAGGGAGGUUUACGGCUUGCACUUGUUGAACGAGAGAACUGGGAUAGUUUUCGUUUACAUUUCUUGCUCAUUUGGACUUUUUUUUUUUUUUUUGCAAAGGUUACGUGUAAUAUUGAAAUUCAGUAAGAUUGAAAUGUAAAAAGGGAUCCCUUGCAACACUACAUUAUAUUUUUAGAUCUCCGCAAGCAUCGCAUGUCCAAAUAUUUCAAGAAUAUGAUUUGCUAUUGCUUUUAAUUGUAUUUUAUGGACGUGAAAAUCUGGCUUUGUCCACUAGGCGAGUAACUCGCAAUCAUCUCAUAAAGUAAUCAUAUUUGCCUAAAACGAUGCAGCUGUUGUGUUUUGUCUUAGCUGCAGAUAUCACAGAAAUGUGUAAAUUUUUUCUGUAUAUUUUGGCCUAUGAAGAGUCAUUUGUGUAGUUUUACCAAGUAAAUUUUGUUGAUUAUUUAAUUUUGUACAGUGGAUAACGAGGGACUCGUUAACGAACACAUUUCAGAGCUUUUAUUUUUUAAUUAGAAGACAAACAAGUAAACCUCACUAAAUUCUAAUUAAAAAUACAUGCUAGUAAAAUAAAAGGUACCAGUAAUGCAAAUUGUUUACCUUAGAUUUGUGUUCAAAGAGAUUGAGUCUUUUAUAAGAACAUUUUCAUUUGUUUUUAUGAAUAUUUAUUAGAGCGACAAAAAUUCCAAAUGAAAAUGUCCUUCAGAUUCAAUUUAUUUGUUCACUUUUUUCUUUGGGUUUUGUUUGCCACACACAGAAUAAAAUCUGAAUGGCUGCAAAUGUGUUUAAGUCUUAAAGCGUUGUACUGCAGUGAGGGAAAUUAUUGUGAAUGUCAAAUACCUUUUACUUUGCAUAUCUUUAUGAGUUGCUGAGCAUUUUUUUAACUGAGUUUAACAAUUAAGUAGGUUCAAAAGUAGUGUCAUAAUUACUAAAUUGGGCUUAAACUUUGUUAAACUAGCAACUACUGCUGUAAUUUUUUCUUCACAUUUCUUUUCAGGUUUUUGUUCUGUUGAUUUAACUAAUUGUUGUUGAACUUUUACUGAUAAGUAAUAAGUGUUUAAAAAAUAAUAUUUAAGAUUACAUUUCCCAAAUAAUAUUUGUCCAUUAUUUUGUUGCAUUUUUAUUUCAUAUUUUGUUGUUUUGGUUUUGGGAGUCACAGUUGCUUUGAUUGUUCGGUGCACAAACAUAGUACUAAUCAAGAAUGAAUUGGAAAAUGACAAUGUAUUUUUUAAUCAUAAUGACAGAUUUCUCUGUUUUGUUCUGUAAUGUAGAGGAAAACAUUUGCCUGAUGAUGGUUCAUGAUCUGACCUGUCCAUGAUCUCACAGUUAAACAAAAAAUGAUAAACAGUGUUGUUGGCUUUUCUUCUUAUUUGGCUUUUUGUUAAGUACAUUGACUUAAAAUUAAAUAAAUAAAUAAUUACAGUUAUGCAAUAUUUGAAUACUUCUGUUAAUACUGACACUUUGGGCAAAGACAUAUUUUGCAAUAGUGUCUUCAGUUUCAUUUAUUAUGUCUUAAAGAGUCUUUUUUGUGUUCCAGGAUUGAAUGAUUAUUUUGUUGUUUCUGGGUUGGAUUUCUUUGUUCAUGUUUGGAAAUGUCUAAUGAUACUCAUUUAAUAUUGUUAGAUGUGUUUUCUUUGUCUUCCACAUAAUUAUAAUUCCACUAACAUCAAUCAGUCAGUCAUCGUUUAUCAGCUGUAUGGUAUACAUCCAAUAAAGUAUGUUUGAUUUGGGGGAAAA